ACGUUCGAGGUCAUGGAGAUCUUUUAUCUCAUCCGUUUUCUUCUGACAUUUCCUCUCUCGCCACGUGGAGGGAUGAGACAGGCAGAACUUAAAAAUAUAAUAAAAAUUUAAAACUUUUUCGAUUAAAUAUAUUUGAUACUAAAAAUCAAGAAUAAAUAAAUAAAUGAACCUGCUAUAUUGAUUAGUUGGGAAACAUAAAGGAAAGGGCUGCAUCGUCCCUAAAUGGAAUCUGGUAACCAUGUGAAUGCAAUGAGAUUGGAAUAACCAAACGAACUCAACAUCAACCAUCAAGAACAACUGACAAGGAUUUCCCUUCCUUAAUUUGAUCAUUGAAGGAAAGCAUGUUCAGUAAUCAUAAUUAUAAUAACUUAAUCAGUUUCGUGACGAGAUGAAUCACGAAUGAUGAUUUCAAUUCAAGACAUUCUUGUUAAGCAAAGAAGAAAAGUUAAAGUUGGUUUGGUAAUGAGAUGAAUGAUGAUUGCAAGUUAUUCUUGUUUAUUCAACUUCAAAUCAGAAUGGAUUAUAGAAGGACGGCGUACCUUGAUGUUCAUCAUCAACGGAUCGGAGCUUCCCAUCACAGUCCAAGUACAAUCCAAGAUACAAAAUGCAGGGGAUGGUGAGAGCAGCACGAUGGUGGCGGGAGGCGGUGAAGACGGCGAUCUGGCAGAGGACGUGCCGGAGAGAAACGAAUGGAACGGAGAAGGUUAUUGUGGAAGGAGGUUGGAAAGGUUUGGAGAAUAUUAGCGUCGCGGAGAUCAUAGUUUCGAGAAAGCGAGGGGGAGACGAAAGUAUUGGCUCCUGGUUGUGGUGCCGAGAGGACGAUGCCGCCAUUGAUGCUGUGCAAAAUAUGGCUAGAAACAACAGUGGAUCGUUGGUGGUUAUGAAGCCUGAAGGCCAACACAUUGCUGGAAUCGUCACAGAACGAGACUACCUGAAGAAAAUAAUAGCAGAUGGGAGAUCUCCCAUGUACACAAAAGUUGGGGAAAUAAUGACUCGUGAGGACAAACUAGUAACUGUAACGUCUGACACAAACAUCCUUAAAGCAAUGCAGCUUAUGACGGAGAAUCGCAUAAGACAUGUUCCUGUGAUAGAUGGCAAAAUAGUUGGCGUGAUUUCUAUAGUAGAUGUUGUCAGAGCUGUGGUAGAGCAGCAAAAUGGGGAACUCAAGCGACUAAACGAGUAUAUAAAGGGAGAAUACUAUUAAAAAUCAAACUAAAGAGGACACGUGAUGAUUCAGCAUUACUGUAACAGAAAGCAUGAUGCUCUAUUCAGAGGCAGAUAACAAAACAAUGGAGAUACCAUGUAAAGCAAAUAAGAAAUGAAAUGAAAUGAACUUCUUGUCAUUAGAGCAUAUUGCAAAAAUCCUGAUAUUUGCAUA